AUGGCUCCUAUCUACAAAAAUCUCAGUUCCCGCAGACCAAAGCGGAGCACCGCUGGCAACAGGAUGGAACUCGCGCUGGCAGAACUCGCAAUCGAGGAAGCUGCAGAUGUAGAAGAGGACACCGAUUUCAUCAACGAUAAAGAGGAGGAGGACGUAUUUGAGUCGGAUUUUAUGAGCACCGAUGAAGAAGCUGCCCAGGAGGACCACACUGGAGACAAGGAAGUACUUGAGGCAGACAGACGCGAGCGCCAGGCAAUUCCAUAUCUCUUUCAUUAUCACAUAUCAAUGCUCACUACAUCAAAGGCUGCUCGAACAAGGGUCGAGAAAGCAACAGCAUUGGCUCAUGCCCGCCAACGUGCUACAUUCAACCCCGAGGCCGCAGUCUCCGUUUCCCGGUCUUCGACACAAAAAUCAAGACGCCGUAUAUUGCUGGAACCAGUCGUCAAUGCGGAGACGGCGAAAGUCACCGAGGGCACCACGUCAGGCAGGACAGGCGUCAAGAGACAGAGCCAAAGGCGACAUACGGUUUUGAGUACCACGGCGACCGCAAGUCGCAUCAAAGAUGCUGAAGAGAAGAAGGCUGCCUUGCCAAAGAAGCAAAAGAUUACCACGAGCAUGCCCACUCAAGACGAACUCAUUGCACGAGCACUGGAUACGGAAGAAGGAAAUAUUCUCGAACAUCGGAAUUACCUCCGGCUUGAAGAAGAGAAGCGUGCUCGUGCUCGUGUGGUACGUCAGUCGAUUACCGGUCCCGUGUUACGCUGGAUCAGUAGGAAAGAACAAAUAAAAGAAACGGUUCAGCUCGAAUUACCACCGAGGGCCUAUUUGCCAUACUAUAGUGUUACUUAUCCAACUGGCGUGGCGGUUCAAUCUCCUGUCUGUGUUACUGGGGGGCCGUUCGUCAGUUACGUCCCACCUGUUGCGGAAGAUCCUCCUGCGAGCAACGAGCUGACAUCAAAUAUUGCAAGUGCUCUCUCACCGAAUUCGUCAUCUGCACCGCAACCACCAGGAACUAAUGUAGCCAUUUUAUCGGCACCUACACCAUCGACGACUUUACUGCCGCCAUCCCUCCAAUGCCCCGCCUCGAGUGCACCGCCACAACUGCUGUCCGAGGACCGCAUGACAGACGUGUGCAGGAACUACGUCAUGCACGAACUCGCGCAAACACCGUCGGCAAAGAAACCCCUCUGGGUAGAUACCAUGUCCUCCAUGUUUGGAGAUCACGUUUCAUGGGGGGAUCUACGCGUGUACACUGGCAAAAACCGUCCACUCUCUCGACCAGUGCGAACGUGUCCCAUUACGGGCCUCCCUGCGCGCUACCUCGAUCCCCGCACUAACGUCCCGUUUGCAUCCGUGGCAGCAUUCCACACGUUGACCAAGGUACUAUCACAUGAGUAUACUUGGAGUAAGUCAUUGGGGUGCUAUAUCACACCGAGUGUCGUUGCGUCACCGUCGAGUGCCUCUUCAGAGGAACUGGAGAGACCAGCAAAGAAGCACAAGGGGGAAGAGGCUGGGGAGUGAGGAUGUGAACGCGCUAUUUUUACGUCAAGAUAUCAAGUCUUGGGCACUCGAGACCAGUUGGUCUCAUUAUUGGACUAAUAGUUUCAGGUGCUGGGACGCAUCCAGUUUCCAGCACUAUUGCAGGGGGAGGUUAGCCGGGCACCGACUCGCUGCGGAUCGCGCCUCGGUAGAUGCCAUACGAGCUCCGCCAGUAGGACUGGUGCGUUGAUGCGAAUGGUCAGUACUCCUCAAAUCUAUCGUGUAGUGUAGCCGUUAUGAAUGAGAAAAUAAAUAUUCCACUUUCUCCACUAUGUACU